AAUAGUAAGAGAAGUCCUGAAGCACUAUGCAAAAUUUACUGAUUCAUCGAUUUUUUGUUCUCUUUCUGCAAAUCUUGAACACGUAACGAUUGUUAUCAAAGAAUUAUUCACUGCAUCCGGUUCUCGGUAAUGCUGUGAUAUUGUUGCUAAUGCCUGUAGUGUUUAGUGUUACGGCAAGGUCCAUGGUUAACACCUCGUUUGGGAUCGGAGAAGAAAAAAAAAGUUAGAUGUUUGCACAAACAUUUAACGAGUGUUUACCAAAGUCGAUGGAAGAAAAAUGCUGUCUCUAAACGAAAGAAAACUCUUAUGUUUAAUAUGUCAUGAGCCAAACAGCCAGACACACAGUUUAAGAUUAGUGAAGUGAUCUCGCAAUAAAUCUGUUAAAGUGACUAUUCGGAGCUGGACGCUUAUACAUUACGUUGGAAUUUCCGUUUUUUAUAAACCCAGCAAGAAGGUAACAAAGUGAUUUUGAAGCUUUAGGGGAGUGUAAAAACAACUUACAGUCACAUACAGGGUCCACAGUGCACAUAUGCAUGUCAUUUCACCGCCGAUAUGUACAGUAUUUCCCGAGUACAAGCGUUUGGUAUUUCUGAUAUGUUAUCUGGCGAUAAACGUGAAAUCUGGAAUGAGAGUUUUAUGACAACGUUCUCAUAAACAAAGAAUAGAGGCCACUACGAUGGCGACAGAAAAUGAGUCUCAGCCCAUCAAAGUUGUAAUCGUGGGUGACGGAGCCACCGGAAAGACCUGCCUUCUGCUCUCUUACCUAAACAGAGAGUACCCCACCGAGUAUAUUCCAACCGUAUUCGAAAAUCACGUUGGUUGCUUCAGCGAUGGAGAAAAUGAUAAUCACAUUAGUUUCUGGGAUACAGCUGGGCAACACGAAUAUGGAAAGCUAAGACCACUGUCCUACCAAGAUACUACAGUAUUCCUUGUCUGCUUUAGUGUUGACAAUCGAACGUCUUUCAGUAGCGUGUCAUCCCACUGGCUUCCUGAAGUCAGAACGUCUUGUGGCCUGGAGGUCCCCACAGUUCUUGUUGGAACUAAGACUGAUUUGCGAGUAGAUUCCAGAAGUGCUAAAGGGAAAAAUCAGAAGAAAGACACACAUGUGACUGCAGAGGAAGGGAUGGCUCUUGCUAAGUCAGAAAAGAUGUUUACUUAUGUGGAGUGUUCAGCUUUGUUAUCAUCAGGCUGUGAUGCUGCUAUCAAGGCUGCAGUGGAAGCCGGUCGAAAUUAUGAGGCUCCUGCCAAGAGAAAUUCCUGUUGCACCAUAACAUGAACGUACAGCAUGUUCUUCUUUGGUGUUAUUUGUAAGGCAGUCCCUGGUUUAAAACGGUUUCAGCUUACGACGAUUUUUAAUUAUAUUCAUCAGAAAUUGCUUGCAGGUUUACACGUCUGAAGAAUAGAAACCCCGUCAUAAACCGGAGACUGCGUGUAUAUGUAGGUACAGUGUCACUUUAACAAUGGGUCUUCUCUAAAACGAUCAUUGGUGGUUUUCCAUCAUUAGUAACUUCACAAUACUGUACUACUAUAUAUUCUAUGGCACCUUGUUCAAGGUACUAAUGCUCUUUGCAGAAUCCAUUUAGUCCGUGUACUCUUUCGAAACGUUUAUCAUCUAAUACCUUCAGCCUCUUCGCACCCAUUACUAUUUUUCUUCCUAAUUUUUCCACUUCAUUCUUCUUACUUGACUGUCAAAUUAACUAGAAAAUCUUUCUAAUAAUCCAUUAGUACAGUUGAUGUCCCAGGUUUGCUGAAUUUUCGGUGGAACCCAACUAUAAAAUAUUCGCGGGAAAACUCACCCAUUAGCGGAUAUUUUUUCUUUGGUAGAGUAAUAAUCUGUAUAGUCAUAUUAUUUUAUGAUAAAAUAAUGAUUUACAGUAUAAUAUUUGCAAAUAAUAUUAAGUUCAAUAAGAUUAAGUAUUAUUUUUUUCUCUCUUUAACCGAGAUGAGAGAAUUUUUAUGUACAUGUAAUACGUACUUGUGUACUUGAAUUGUAUAUUUAAAUGACUUAUUAAUUAUCAGAUAUCAAUAUUAUACUAGUUUUCAAAAAGUAUUAAUGUAAAGAAAAUAUAGCAAAUUAUAGUAAGAUUUUAGUUCAAUAUAAAUUAUUUCCCCCAUCUUAAGAGCGAGGGUGUAACCUGUCAAAUAUCUUGACAUACUGACCUCAUAGUUAGAUGUUACUGCCACUCCUUGGUCAAAUAAAAGUUGCUACUUGGUAGUCAUAGGCUACAUACUGAAACAUCUCUUCUCAUGCAAAGGGUUGAAUAUGAGAAAUGGAUAUAUAGACAAAUACUUCGUACAGUCCUUCUCUCUCUUGGCUGGAAGGGUUAUAAGUACAGCAAAUCCCCCAUAUUCCCAAGGGAUGUGUACCAGACCAUCCAACGAACAGCUAAAAUCUGCGAAUACCUAACUCUUAGAACUGCCUGCUUUGAUAAAAAAAAAAAAAACCUAUACUCGAGUAUUCUAAGCUUUAUAAAAGAAAAAAAGUGCAUUUAGUCUCAAAAAUGACAUGAAAAAGUAAUUUUUGAAUACUUCUUAGUGAAAAAUACCGCAAAUAGGCAAAUUUCCCACGAAUAAUGGGUAUACUAUACAAUCCAUAAAAAAUCUGUGAAUAGCAGGGGUUUACUGUACAUAGGUAAGUACAUAUUUUUAAAUGUUUAAGAUGACUUUAAAAUAUCAACAUAACUUCAAACCUUAAUACAAAUCAGGGUGGCAGGUCUAGUGUGCAUCCCCUGCAAAUAUGGGGUGCCAACUGUACUUUUGUGAUUUGAUUUUGUUUCUCUUCAGGUGUAUGUCAGAAAAAUAAUGCACUUGCCAGUGUUCUUUGCUAUGUGCAGAAGAAAUGAGAAAUGAAAUUCCACUAAUAGGUUGUUCCCACAGAUGUAUACAUGGGUGACAAACAUUUCUAUGGAAACAGAAUGUAGAUCCACACUAGAUGUAAAGCCAAGAUACAAGUAUUGUAACAACACUGUAAUCUCCAUAAAGAUUAGUAUCUGAGCAAGAUGUGUGAAAUUUAUGGAUGGGGUUAGAAUAAGGGAAACAUUUCAGACCCUGAAGAGUGGUGCCAGUUUUUUUUAAGUACUUGAUACAUUUUUUUCAACAAUAUGAAAGAAAAGAUAUAGGAAUGGGGUAAACUAAAAGGCUAAAUGCAGGUGCGGCUAAUUGCUGAAGGGACGUAGUAAAAACUUCUAGUAAUGCUUACAGUGCCAACAAAGGUGCACUGAUGGCACUGACCCACCAUGGUAGCUGUAGGCUAUCAUUACUACAAGCCUUGUUGCAACAGCAGAUAGCUACAAGCCCACCUGCUUCGACUACACAAAAACAAUAUAGUAAAAAAUGAGCUUGAACAAAAAAGCACAGCAAUCAUCUUGAACUUUCAGUUUCAAUAAUUCAUCUACAUGACAAUAUCUGCUCUGGGGAGAAGCAGUACGCACAGAGACUUCAUUUUUCAGCAUUCAUCACUCAAGCUUGUCUAAUUUCAGCUUUUAAAUCUAAACAUUUAGCUAAGCUAUCCUUUUAAAAAAAAAAGUUGCCUGCAUGUUGAGUAUUGGUUUAACUACAGGUCCUUCCUUACCCGUCAGAUUUUGCCACUAUAAAAAAAACCACACGCCAAAAACCUCUGCUAAGCCAAGUUUCCGAUUUAAUAGCAUUUCAUAUGGCUUUAGUCAUUUUUAAUCAAAGUAUGACACUGGGGCCAUUUUUCCAGGCCAUGCAUCUUUGUGAUGGAGGAGAGAAUUUUGUUUAAAUGCAGUAAAAUAAAUUGCACUAAAAACACAAUUACAUAUUCAAGCAUAAAAACUAUGUAAUUGAAUUCAUGAUAACUGGCUCAAAAUCUAGCAACAUUUCUGAAAGGCGAGUGAUAUAUUUAAACUUUCCAUGUUGCUAUUAUCCUGAGCGGUACAUCAGAAUGUAUUUUACAGGCAGAACAUGAGUAACCCACAACUUUCCAAUAUACUUUUAAUGAGCUUGGGGAUUCCCAUUGUUCUAGUUUACUGGAAGGCAACAGACAUACUAGCAUGUUAUUCGUGCUCAAGAAUAUACUGACAAUUUCAUGGAAAUAGUAGUAUUGGGCGUGGUACAAAUUUCACUCUUACUUUUCCCAGAGCUCUGUUAAGGAAACCAGACCACUAUAUAAAUAUAUAUAAUCAUGCGCCACUUAUGAGAUUUGUAAUAACAAUACGUAAAGGUAAAGAGCAUCCUAUCUGAAAAUUUUGUCAUUCAAUGACUUGGCAAUGUUGUAUAUACAUCUCUACACUUUGGAACUGGGCUAUAUGAAAUGGCAAAUACAGCCUACUUACACUGUCUUAGUACAUAUAAAUAAUCUCAGUAUCUCUUAACUGCUACGUAUUGUCUAUCAAUGACCAACUUUACCACUAUUGUUUGUAUUAAAUUAUGCCCUCAGGGAUCUUAUGAAAUCUGAUACUAUGUUUUGUCAGUACAUUGCAGAAUCAAAAUAUUGACCUAGUAUAUGUCAAGGUCAAAACAAAUCUUGUCAAUUUACCAUCAAUGUUGUUAAAUAUUCACCUUAUUCCAUUGUUGUAAAACUAGGUAACAAUGCUACGUAUUAACCUAAAACUAAUUAAUACCUAACCAUGACAUACUUUGUAAUACUGUACACCACUUUCAUAUGUG